GGGCCCACACGAGCGCGGGCAGAGGAGGUCGCUUAAAACCCAAGCAAGCUAACCAACCACGGAAAUUAUUCCAUUUUCCGAAAAAGAAAAGAAAACAAAAACAAAUCGAAGCCGAGGAAGCCUCGCGAAGGAGGAGAGAGCGAUGGGGAAGGGCAAGGUGCACCCGUCGCCGUCGCUGCCGGCGGCGGCGGCGGCAGGAGGGGAGCUGACGGCGGAGGCGGUGCUGAUGCGGCUGCUCCCCGCGGCGGCGCUCGCGGCGGCGGCGCCGCUCGGGGCCGAGGGGACGGAGGUGCUGGCCUACCUGGUGCUCGCCUCGCUGCGGUCCUCGGCGCCGCCGGCCGCGGCGAGGGCGGGGGGCCACCGGCCGGAGCUCGGCUGCGGGUGCUUCGGGUGCUACACGGCCUACUGGUCCCGCUGGGACGGGUCCCCGGAGGCCGACCGCGAGGCCAUCCACCGCGCCAUCGAGGCGUUCGAGGAGCACCUGGCCAAGGAGGAGCGGGAGGGCGGCGGCGGCAAGGACGGAGGGCGCCGCGGCCGCAAGAAGCGCGCCACCAAGGACGCCGCAGCAGCCAAGGACAUGGCCGGCAAGGGGAAGGGCAAGGGCAAGGGCAAGAAGGUGGCCGUCGACCCCCUCCCCCUCCCGCCACCGCCGCCGCCGCCGGCGGCGGCCUCCCCUGCUCCGGAAGAGGCCCCGAAGGCGGAGGACGGCGCCGAGUACCUCACGGCGGAGGUGGAGAAGGAGCCGGAGGACGCCGCGGCCGGGGAGGAGGAGAAGCGGCGGCGCGGGUGGGGCGGCGUGCUCAACUGGAGGUCCUGGGGCCUGUGGGGGUCCCACCAGUCAGCGAGCCCCGGUUGGUUGGUGCCCCCUUCCUCCUCUCUGCUGCUGAAUUAGGAUGUGUUCAUCAGCUUGGUGUGGUGGAUAAUGUUGGCUCAGUAGUAGCCUAGCAGGUUGAUGUACAUAUGUAUGCAGGUAAGACUAACUUCAACAGGUAUGGCAAAAGCAUUUUUGCCU